UCUCUCUCCAUCCCCAAGAAACUAAGCCAGAGUGCGAUACAAACAACUGUAAACAAGAUAGAUACACAAAAACCCUCCUUGCCAAUGGAAGAAAGGCCAUCUUCUUCUUCAUCGUCGUCGUCCCAUGAUACAUUUUUAUCUUCACUGUUGGUCCUCGGAGGCAAUCCCUUCCGCCCCUUCGAUAUCUGCGACUUCUCAGGCCGCUGCAAAUGGACUGUCGCAGUCGCAAGAUCAUCCAAGACGGCGAAGGCUGAGCCUGUUUUCAGCCCCAAAUUUAGUAUAGGAGGCUAUGCGUGUCGCCUCGUGUUCUAUCCUAAAGGCGACCCGGCGUGUCAAGAUCGCUUCUCGUUCCACAUUCAAAUCACGGACCCUACCAAUCACAGAUGGGACUGCUUCGCCUUCUUCAAAAUCUUUAUUAUUAAUCAUCUUAAUAUGUUGAACUCCGUAUGCAAAGAAUCUGGGGACAGGUUCACCGAUAGGAAGACGUCACAUGGUUGUAAAUUCACGCGUUCUUCUAUUCUUGAUCCCAAAUUAGGGUUUUAUUUUGACGAUUCUUUGCUCAUUGUGGUUGAAAUUCGUGUUUUAAAGGAUCUCCUGUGGUGUCGUGACAACAAUGACUUGAAUUCGGCUUCGGAUGUAUUGAGUGGGAACUACACUUGGAAGAUUCAGAAUUUUAGUGUGUUUCAGGAAGUGAUUGCGACACAGAGAAUAACAAGCCCCGUUAUUAAAGCUGGGCCGUUUAAUCUUGCUCUCAGUCUUUCUCAAAGUGUGUUUAAUGGGGUUGAGUGUUUGUCUCUGUAUUUGGAAGGUAAGGGGGCAAGUUUCUGGUGUCUGUUUAGACUUUCAGUGUUGAGUCAGAAGGUUGACGGGCACGUCCAUAAGACCUUAUCUGAACGACUCGGUUUGGAGGUUAUCCUUGUGAGGACUAGAAAAGUUGGCUGGGGUGACUAUAUGAAAAUGUCUGAACUUGUUAAUUUGGAUAACGGUUUUCUUUUUGAUGAUGCAGUGGAAAUUAGUGUAUCAUAUUUUGUGAUUAAGGAUUUCUUUCAUUUAUCUAAGAAUGUGGGAUUUCUUGCGGGGAGUCGUGCUCGGGGACCAAAGAAACAUGACGAGUAUGCUGGGAAGAUAACUUGGAAAAUUGGGAAUUUCACGAAGUUGAAGGAUCUUUUGAGGAAGAAGAAGAUCAAGGGUAUCCACGUUAGGAGUGAGAGGGUUCUGAUUGGGAAUCGGCAUUGUAGCCUUGUGGUAUAUCCUAGAGUUGUCUCUUGUGAACCAAAGGAUGGAAGAUAAAUCUAUUACAAAGGAAUCACAA